AUGUAUGCUCUACAAGCGGGCAUGACAUCUGCCACGACAACGGGACACGUCCCAGACCACGGGCUCCCUCCUCAAUCCACCGUACUCUGCUGCGACAUCUGCUGCCCCGAGCUACUCGACCGCACACGACCAGGUCUUCGCAAGCAGAAUGGCGCAGCGCAGAAGAUCCCCUUCGAGAAAGAGUCUUGUCGUGAUCUCGAAGACGCACUCGACGAGUGGCGCGAAGAGGUGUUCGAGCACGACGCUCCCGACUCGUACCUCACACCGUCAUCCAUCCUUCCCGACGAGGCCGUAGAGAAACUAGCGCGUCUUUCUCAGCCCAUUCAGGAGGACCAUAUUCGAGGCUAUCUGUCCCGACGCGGGCCUUUGUGGAGCCGUUAUGGCAAAGAUCUCACUCGAGUUCUUCUUUACGUCGAUCGCAUUACUGCGGUACCCAGCAAUCCUACGGCACCAGCCACUCCACCCGUGAGCGAGGCGGACUCUCGCAAGCGUGUCCAAGAGCCUGCUGACGACCCGCAGGCGAAGCGACGACGUACAGCGCAAGAUAUCGCUGUUGUCCACGCAGAACGCCUCGAUAACGACACCACACAAGCCUCAAGCGACCCUCACUCUCACUUUGAACCCGCCUCCCAAAUGCACGCCCAACAAUCUGCUGAUCCACCUGCAGGAACAGCUAUUCGUACACAUUAUCGGCCGCAUACGACGGAGACGUCCAUCAUCCCACCAUCGUCAACGUCUUCCUAUUAUCGUCCAAGCACGGCUCAGUACGCCACAGCUAUCAUCGAUGGUGGCGAUUCGCGAUCUACCUCUGACAAUCAUCCACAUGGUGUGGCACCGACUACGACUUCGUCCAAUCACCACCCACCAGCUCUGCACAAUGCAACACCACCGACCACUGUUCAUCAUCAAAAUGCGCCAAACCAGCCAUACCCAUCUCGACAUGGUUUGUCGGGACCUUGGACAGGAUACCAUCUACCUGCGCAAGCAUCAAGCUCCGUAGCGAACGAGUCAACCGCCACCUCGCUACCUGCUCGACAGGCCCCAGCCCAUCAUACCCACACUGCAGCACCUGCAGUAUGGACACCAGCAUACGCUCAAUACUAUUACCAAGUGCAAGCACACGCCCAAGCGCAAGCCCACGCUCACGCGCAGUAUCUGGCGUAUCUGGCGCACUGUGCCGCGUCCUCAAGCCACGCCACACCGUCGAAUACUACCCCCUCGAACCCACACACACCUCAAAACCAAAAUUCACCAAGCGCACCUUGA